GAGAGUGUAGCUGCACACAUGCUGAGGCUUCAUUUGCUGUAAUGCACACUUGAACGGUAUCUUUUGAUAAUAGAAGAAACAACAAAUCAGACAGAAUGCUUUUUCUUGCUAUCUUUGCUGUUAUUGCAGCCUCUGCUAUAGCUGACCCUGAGACUCAGAGCUACUCCUACUCCCCUCCUGCGGGGUCAGGGAGUGGCUCUCCGUUCAGUAUAAUUGGGGAGGGAAGAAUCACAGCUGUACGAGUGUGGGAGUCGUCCUACAUACGAGGCUUCCAGUUCCGCUACGGCUUCACUUGGUCUUCAGUUUCGGGUACGACAUCCGGCCAGCUACAGGAGAGGGAAUUGUCUGGCGGGGAAGCCAUCAUUCAGAUUUCUGGGAUGUACAGUCACUACGUGCAGUCAGUGGUGUUCGUAACUAGCAAGGGCCGCCAUUUUGAAGCAGGCCAGCCCUCAGGCACUUCCUUCAACAUGUAUCCCAGCCACAAGGGUGCCGAGCUGGUCCUCAUCAGUGGCACUACCCAUGGAGGAAUCACCUCCAUCGCAGCACUCUGGGGUCGAGUUGAUACAUCUGCUACUCACACUGAGCACUGAGAGGUAGAGCUUGCCUGAGGAGAUGCUACCAUUUAACCAACAACUUGGCCAAACCUAUGUAUGAAAAUUAUGGUUUAUUUCAGAAUGUAAUUCCUCUGUAAUUAUGAAUAUCUGACUCUCAUACACUGGGAUGUUGAUCAUGAGGGAAGUCUUAAAACAGGUUUAAUAAUCCUAAUUCUGGGAAUUGAAAAGAAAAGUGGUUUAAGAGUAAAAGAUGUGUUCGGGUAACAGUAACACAGGGGAAAAUGUGUUGUCUGGAGAUGCAAAAUGGAUGAAAGAGAAGGAUGAAAGGAAUAUGAAAAGGUUAGAAAAGUGUCAAAAUAACUAUACUUUCACGGGAAGACUAGGGGUAGAGGAAUGUGAGAAUUUGGUUAGGGAUAUUGCCAAAUAUCUGGAAUGUAACUACCAGAAAGCUGCAGAUCCGCUGCAACUGUUGUACCCCUGUAAUUAUGAUGUUCUUUUUGUUUUCUGUUGUUUUUAUGUGUAACCAAUGUGCUGCAGGUCUCCCUUGAA